AGUAAGGGUGCAGGAGCGAGACGCAGCUUCGCAAUCUCACCGCGGAGCGCAGGAGAGGACGAAAAAUGAUUAAUCUGUCAAAGCGGAAUUUGUUUUCAGGAUGAUACCGCUCUGACAUCCAGCUGACUUGAACCGAGCCCACAGGCAAGCGAGAUUAAUGCGGAGGAAUUUCAGAUCCAGCAGGUGGUGCUUGUGUAAUCGUGCAGGGUCUGGUCAGUCGUCUUUGCUGCCUGAUCUGCGCGUCGGUUCAGCACCGGACAGCGACUAUCGGACACUGAAAACACCGAGGGAAUCCUGAGGCGGGGUAGGUCCAAAACAGCAGAAUGUGCUCAUAUAUGAUCACAACUAUCAAUUAUAUCCACUAGACAUCAUUAUUGUUCAUCUGCAGGUUGUAAAAGAUGCCUGCUUUGGUCGUUUUUGCGCUCGAUUUGUGUUGGAAUUAUGGAGCCUUGAACGCACCAUUUUUUUUUCUCCGUUAUGGCUUAAUGGAGCUCCAGUCGGCAAAUGCCCUUGAAGCUACAGACUUCGCUGUGUGUGAGCUGUGUUUGUGUGUGUGCAGCAGAGGUUAUGCUGGUUUUUGAAAGCAACUGCGCAAUUGUCUGUCCCUGUCCUUUCAUAUCUCUCCUCUCUGCCCCCUCCUCCCCUCCCCUUUUUCUGCUUUCACAGUCGCUCCGACCCUCGCUUGGCUCGGGGCAAAGCGCGGCUACAUGACUUCACUACAUCAACAAGCAUCGCGGUAUCCUGGACUAAUAUAGCAGCGCCACACAUCCUCCCUCCACCCCCUCUUCCUCCUCCUCCUCCUCUUUCUCCUCCUCCUCCUUCCUCCUCCUCUUCUUCUCUCUCUCCAUUCGCUGAUCCCGAGUCCCUCGGUCUUAAGGCACCAUGGGAAACCGUGGCAUGGAGGACCUGAUCCCGCUGGUCAACAGGCUGCAGGAUGCCUUCAGCUCAAUCGGGCAGUCCUGCAACCUGGACCUGCCGCAGAUCGCGGUGGUCGGCGGGCAAAGCGCAGGGAAGAGUUCCGUGCUGGAGAACUUUGUGGGCAGGUAAAAUUGACCUCCAGGAAUAGUAUAAUCCCUUCUCCAGCUAACCUUGAGGAUGACAUAAGAGGCCUACAGGGCCAAUCUCUCUGUGCAGGGUUCAAACCAUCUCUCCCUCAAGCUUAAAGUCAAUGCAGCUGCACAUACUGGAAGCUCACACCUUCAAUUUCCCUCCAUACCCUCACCUAAAUAUUUGUCAAACACUCCACUGCCUUAUGAGUACCUACAGAGGAGGGUAGCAGUAUUUGGGUUACAGCAGCACCUGGGGAUUUCAGCCCAAUCAGCACCAACUGCAGGCACACACAGUCCUAGAAAUAGCCAUUCCCUUAAUAUAGUUUCCAAGCAUCCUUUCAAAGACUUUGAAUUGCUACUGACCCUGUAAAAACCACACUGUCAUGUUGUAUUGCAUAAAAACAGAGAUGGCAGAAAACCACUGCUGCAUGAAGCCAUUUUAAAUCACAGUCCUUCUGUACAUGCAGCGGUAUCUGAAAACACACAUUAAUAUUCAUCAAUGUGCCCUGGGUUUUGGUCACUCAAGACAAAUGAAUUACAAGCAGCUGCAUAUGAAUUUGUUUUCACUGUCAAGAUAAGAAUCAAACACUGCCCUAACCAGAAAUGUUGGAUGUGGAUGAGAAAGAGUCUCUAAUAGCUACUAAAUGAUGUGCUUCAGCACGAUACAAAGGCUCUAUUUUCCAAUCAAUAAUGUGGUGCAUUUGUGUUUAAUGGGUUUGUAUUUCAAAUGGAUUGGAGGCUUUUGAGUCGAGGGUUAUAAUAAAGAAAAGUGCUUGUCACUUUAUCCAGUUUAACAGCCUGAUUUAUCUGUUGCAGGAUUUACUUUGCUGCAAAUGUGGUGUCUGCUCUGUAACUGAAUAUUUCACAAAUGAAAGUUUCUUUUUAAAGAAGGUCAGUUUAUCAGGCAUGUGGGGCAGUAGUCAGCUUGUGAAAGGUAACGUUUUCUGUACUCAGAAAAACAACAAACAUCAUAACCUGGAGUUUUUAUUCAUGAGACAUAUUAAAUAUUUAAAGGUGUAGAAAAAGAUGCUUCUGUGUUGCACCAUGAGACAUAGAGUGGUCACUGUUUUUUUGGUGCUUGACAAAUUGGGACUCAGAUAAGACAGUCUUCUGUUGUUUUAAUUUGGCACCACUUAUUGCAGUCUGUCUUCUCAAGUCCUCAAACUGUGUGAAAUUGCAGCACUAAAUUUAGACUUGGUCAGAUACCACUUUAGCUUUGCUGAUUACAUUACUAAUGCACAGACUUUCACAAUGACUGAUUCAUCAUAGCCCUGCUUUGACACCAGCUUGUAUGACAAAACAGUACACGGCCUUGUAGUAAAUGAUGGCAAAGAUUAAGAGUUUUCUAAAAGCAAUCUGCCCAAAAAUGUCCAUUUCUCACUUGCUAAUCACUUACUAUCUUUGGUCUUUUUUAAUGUGGGUUUUGUUUGAAACGAUUUUGUAUUUUGGCUUACAAAGGUAAAUAAUACAUUUCUAGUAAAAAUAAGUUGACAGUAUCAUAUCAGAUUAAUGUAGUCAUCAAUACUCUAUCCUGUGUGGGUGGAUUUAUCACUGGACUGCUUUUUGAGCAAUCACUCAACACAAUCCAAAGCCACUACAAUUAACACAAGUGUUUUUGUGUCACAAAGUAGCUUCUUUUUUGUGCAUUUUGAUCAAGCAUGUGUGCAGGUCAUGAUGGAUGCAUUGAUUUUUCCCUGUAUGAACCCUCAUUAAGAGUCUUGUUGCUGAGUAAUGAUCCAUCUGUCCUAAAAUGUGUCUGCAUAGUGCUGAAUGGACAAGCCUGUCUGUUUUUCCAACGUGUCUCUCUUGAGGGAGUUCUGAGGUCGAUAUAUGUUAAUAAGGUUUAUUGGGAAAGACCAUAGGUUAUUUGUGGUAUCCACUUUUCGACACAUUUUUGCACACAUGCAAAAUGAGUCAAUGUGGAUUCCUUAAGGAAAUGGUUAAGUCACUGGUUUGACAUAAGAAAGCUUAUGUCAGCAAUGCUGCUCUUUAAUGUCACCUGUUGUUUAUCAGGUAAAAAUAUGGAGGCAGAUUGUCCUAUACUGUUGGAGCAAUUACCAGUACAAUGCAGCUGCAGCAGCAAAUGAAAGCUACUGGGUUUGCUUUGCUUAAAAAUGGCCUCUAUUCCACCCAAACUGUAUGACAGGAUUCAAAGAGAAAAAUAUGAAGGAGCCAUAAUGCAGCGUGCCUCUCUCCAUGAUAAAUGUUUGCAUCAGUUCUGCCUUGAUAAAAUGACUUUUGUUUCCUCAGGGACUUUUUGCCCCGUGGAUCUGGCAUUGUCACCCGUAGGCCCCUGGUUCUGCAGCUUAUCAGUGCCACUGCAGGUGGGCAGGCACACAUUUACACACCCACAUAUGCAAGCAUUUGCACAUGCAAACAGAGAUGCGUACACACACACACACACACACACACACACACACACACACACACACACACACACACACACACACACACACACAUGCAGCCUCCUCUUUUCCUCUUUAUAAAUGGUACAGCUCUUUCCUCUUGGCUCUUUUCCCUCUCACUGUAGCAUCAUUUUCCUUUCAUACACAUGCAGCACAGCCACUAAUCUAGGUUGUAUGGUCUUCGCUUUUAUUUUGUCAGAAUGGGCUGAAUUCCUGCAUUGCAAAGGAAAGAAGUUCACAGACUUUGAUGAGGUUCGCCAGGAGAUCGAGGCUGAGACAGAUCGUGUCACAGGGGCUAACAAAGGCAUAUCCCCUGUCCCCAUCAACCUGCGGGUUUACUCCCCACAUGGUGAGAAUUCAUAAUUCACUGUUUUUUUCUAUCAACUAACCGCAUACAAUGGUGCUUUAAAAUUAAAGUAGACUGCGAGUCAUCAUUCUCUCUAUCUUUGUAUCUUUUUGUUGUCAGGAAGUUUUAAAAAAACUGGGUCAGUCAAACCAAAGAAAACAGAAUAUGGUUGAACUUCAGCAUAGGAAUGACUUCUGAGGAGUUUGAAAGAGGCAGCUACUUUGAUGCUUCCUCGUUUCCUUCCAUGGGAUGCUGAAAACCUCAAUAGAUGUCCUUAUUAUCGCUGUGAAUAUUGUCCUUUUUCACCACAGCCUUGAAAUGAAAUUAGCUUGAAAUGACAGAUUAAUUAAUUGCGCCUUCUACCAUCUGCGAUCUUCUGCCAUUUACAGUCUAACAUCUGGAAAAAAAAUGUUUGGCAUAAUUUUUCACCAAUUAGCUAUUUGCGUUUAUUUUUCCUUUAAAAAAAAUGUACACAGACAACAUAAAGGGGCAUCAGAUGUAAAGAUAUGAAAGAAAAUAUUCCAAUAUCUGCAGAUAAAGCUAACUGAUAGCAACAAGCUAUCGGGCAAAGAAAUUUUCCCCUCUCUGAUUGUGCUGGCUCUGAAACUGUCUGUAGGCCAAUAUUGCUCGAUGACAGCUAAAAGUAGGUUCACCAAAAAUCUUUUUAUUAAGACACACAUUGUUCAUUUGAAAUAGAGGUUACUUUUAAUCGAAUUUCUAAACCAACAGAUUAAGCAGGUUUAGCCUAGCUUAACCACUGACCAAAUUGGCGUGCUAACAUAUUGCCUUUUAAAGAUUAAGUGUGGAAAAUGAGGGGAUAGUGUUCUUUCUAAGUAUCUGACCUAAUGUUAAAAUGAAAAUCUGUACAAUAAUGUAACUUUAAAAUUUUCAAUACAACAUGAAUCAAGUGCUAGCCAAAAUGGCUAAAUCCUGUUAGCUAAAACAUCUGUUUAGGCAUUUCUCACUCUCAGUAUUACAAAAACUGCAGCAGUAGUAAAUCUGGAGUUGACAUGAAGUUCAGCAUCUUGAUAUCUUUGUAUACAAUAGACUGUUGAUUGGGUUUUCUUUGAUGUAGACCUCAUUACCAUUUAGAUCAGAAAGGUCAGUCUGCACAAACUAUUAUCAAUGUUGUUUUAAAGUAAUGGUUUCUUUAAAAAAAGUUAAACAUAAUAGAUAAGUAAACUAAGAGAGGACUUUUAAGUACCUAGGAUUAGUUUAUCAAAUAAACAGUAAGCUUGAUAAGAAUAACAGUAUUUUGGGUCGAGUUGUCAUUCUUCAUUAGCAAACUGAUCGCUCUUAAAGCUCCCAAGUAUUUACAUUUUUGCCAUUUUAAAGAAGGAUUUAAAGCCCUUGGAAUCAUAUUACUUAAAGUGCAGAGUGAAAAAUAAUGAGUUACAGGCUUCAGAAAUGUCACCCAGGUGUGCCCACUUCAUCUUCUACUUUAUGUCCUCAACUUUGCAGUGCUGAACUUGACUCUCAUCGACCUGCCGGGAAUCACAAAAGUGCCGGUAGGAGACCAGCCUGUAGACAUUGAGCAGCAGAUCAGAGAGAUGAUCAUGCAGUUCAUCACCAGAGAGAGCUGCUUGAUCCUGGCUGUCACUCCUGCCAACACUGACCUUGCCAACUCUGAUGCCCUGAAACUGGCCAAAGACGUGGAUCCACAGGGUAAGAAAGAUGAUGGGAAAACAAAUUUGGAGAAAAGUGGGCUUUAAGACAGACGUAGAGGGAGGAAUUAAGAGUCACUGGAGCUUAGGAAGGUUGGCCACGUAGUCAGUGAGUGUAACCUGAACCAGCUGCAGGGAUUGGGCUCUGAGUUUGACCUUGACUUCUCUGAAUGUGGAAAAAUAAUUUUCUUACUUAGAUCGAGCAGUUAUCUUCUCGAUUAUUAAAAACACAGGGCUGAAAGAAACUGAUAAUGACUAUUAGAAGGGGGUGAUUAAAGAAACAUGGAUAAGUUGAAGAUAAGAAAAAAGCAACACCUAAAUUGGGAUACUGAGAGAGAUGAAGGAAGGAGAAAGGAAUCAAAUUAACAAAAUGCCCGACCCAUAUAGUUUGACCUUCAGACAGGUUAGAGAGAGAGAGAUGAGAUGAGAAGAGGAUGAAAUAUCCAAGAAGCAGAGUACUUGUAUAAAGUGACCUUGUGGGAGAGAUAAAUGAUACCAGAGAAAGAGAGCUUGGUGGUUGUUUUCAAAAGGGAGCAAAUAGAGAAAGGAUGCUUUUAGCUGAAGAUGCAGUGAGAUGAUAAAGAUGCAGACAUCGAAUUUCAGUGGGAAUGGAAAAUAGUUGAUCAUUCUUUCAACCAGGUUUGACCCUUUAAAAACUCUAUUAUAAGGGAGGCUUAACUAAGAGAGGCUACAGCACAUGCUGCAGUUUUAGGAUUUAAUAAGCCAACACAUAUAGUUAGUAAAUGUAACAGUAAGGCUCCUGCCAGGAACUUGUGAUUUUGCUGACUAUUAACCCCCUUUGGUGGUCUUGCUCAUUUUGUCCCAUACAUGUGUUUUUCUUUUCAACAAAAUAUCUUAAAUAAAAGGCCAUCUGAUCAGGAGGGUGUUAAUCACUUUCCUCGUAGAGAUAUUCUUGUGAAUAACCACAAAGACAUGAUGAGUCUUUAUGCUUAGAGGUAAAACGAUUAAUUUCAAAGUAUGAAUUUCAGUCUGUUUCAAAACCAGAAAUAAAUUCUCAGUGGAGCUUUAAAAUGACAGAUUUAAACAUUUAUGCAUAUGAUGUAAACAGAUUUACAAUGACUACAUUUUCACAUACAAGAUUAAUCUGUGUGUUCUUUAAUCAAAAAAAGGAUGAAACCUGGAUGAUUUCCUUCCCAAUUUAGUUCUGGCUUUCUAAACAGCGGCUUUCAAAAUUUCUGAAGACAAAGAUUUUUCUUUCUAAUUUUAAAGAUAAAUUGGGAGAGGAUAUCUAUGAGAGAAUUGACUCAGGAAGUCAGGGUACAUCUGUGUGCUCUGAAUCAAAGUAAAAUUUAAAAAUACCUUAUUAAUAGGGAGAGACAAAUAAGAUAGAAAGGGGAAUAAAGUAGACAUCUUGGUGUAAAAAACAGGCAGAUUUGUGUGUACUGUGAAGCUUAGAUGUUGAGUAAGAGAACUAGAGUUUGCAUUUGAAAGCAGUGCACUAUGUUACAAAUGUGCAGAAGCAUUGCUGUACAACACCACACUCUACAGCACAUGGAAAGACAGAUUUAAAGAGUUUAUUAUUGACCAAAAAGAAGUAAAGACAAGAAACUUGAAAGACCUAUUGGUAAAACAUAACUUUUAUUAAAAGCAAAAAAAAUCACCAUCUGUUAUUAGAAUUUGUAUUAUUUCCCCUUAGUCUUUCACUACUCUAUCAUUUUAUGCUUGUCUAAUUGCUUGUGCAAAGUAUAUAUGUUUUACUUUGUCUGCAAUUAGAUCAAGUUUCAGUUCACAGAGUCUAUCUCAUGCUCCAUCAAACGCACUCUGAAAAUGUCCAAAAACUUAAACAGGAGAAGAUGAAAAGCAUAACAAGACAGUGUGCAGGAAAAGUUACCCAAAGAGUUGCUUGAUUGUCUCAAAAGUGCCCUCUGUUAAAUUUCUCUUGACUCUUUUUUAUUCCUUCUCUAGGUCUAAGAACUAUCGGCGUGAUCACCAAACUAGAUUUGAUGGAUGAGGGCACAGAUGCACGAGAUGUUCUGGAGAACAAGCUGCUACCACUGCGAAGAGGUGUGUGAAUGUGUGUUAUACAGUACCAUGCUAGUCUAACUCAUUAUUAAAUCUCUCCUUUGUUCCCAAUCUCAGUUUGUAAUAACUCUGCCCUUCUGUCUUCUUUCAAUUCCACUUUGUGUUUAUCUGGUCCUCACUGCUGCUGCCUUUGUCUCCUGGGACUGUCAUUCAUUAUUCUCUCAAUUCGUGUCCUUGUUUAUUCAUUCUCAGGUUAUAUUGGGGUGGUGAAUCGCAGUCAGAAGGACAUUGAUGGAAAGAAAGAUAUUAAGGCUGCUCUGGAGGCUGAAAGGAAGUUCUUCUUCUCUCAUCCUGCGUACAGGCACAUGGCCGACAAAAUGGGCACUCCGCGCCUGCAGAAAGUGCUCAAUGAGGUGAUCAGUGAUUUUGUCCCGGUGCUUUCUCACCGAGCACUUUACAUGAUUAAUAAGAGGGCGGCCUUGUAUUUUUUUUCAACUCUAUCGUACAGUACAUUAGUGUGGGUGAUAGAAGAUUGUCAGUAGGUGGAAAAAGCGCUCACUCUUUCUAGUUCAGCACCUAAUAAUUCAUGAUUUCACCCAGGCAGGCUCUCUGCACUUUUUGUUGGGGUGGCUGUUGAGUUUUCUUUGGGAUGUAAAAUCAGAAAUGUUUGACCUCUGUGCUGAUAAAUCACUCAUAAUAACAUAAUCUCCUGAUUGAAGCUCCUGUGUGAUUGUAUUGCUUCAUUUUGCCGGCCUUGUGUCUCUGCAGCAACUGACCAACCACAUCCGGGACACCCUGCCAGCUUUCCGCAGUAAGCUGCAGUCCCAGCUGUUGGCUCUGGACAAGGAGGCUGAAGAAUACCGGGGAUACCGACCUGAUGACCCGUCGCGCAAAACCAAGCAGCUGCUGCAGUCAGUGGCCCAUUUUUCUCACAACAAGGGCUUUUACAUUGGAUUUAGAUAAUAAAAAGCAUGACCCAAAAGCUUGUUAACUUGGUUUUAUUCUAUCAGAGGUCAUUCUUGUCUUUUCUGUUUAUCUUAAUUUUGUUUUACAGGAUGGUGCAGCAGUUCUCAGUGGACUUUGAAAAAAGGAUUGAGGGCUCAGGAGAUCAGGUGGACACAGUGGAGUUGUCUGGUGGAGCAAAAAUUAACCGCAUCUUCCACGAGCGUUUUCCCUUUGAGCUGGUCAAGGUAAAAGAAGAAUCUCUGCAAAAAAGCUGAGAGAGGGCAGUUAUUUGACCCUCGCCUGCACAAGUUUGUAUUUUCUUCUUAUAUUUAGGUUAAUUAUCUUUUUUUAAAUUUGAUCACAAGCCAAACACAAUAUGUGCCAUUUUACCAGAUUUCAAAUUGCCCAAAUCCCACACAGUCUUUGCCAUAGUCUGUCGAUUUACGAAUAGUUGAAAAAGAACAAAGAAACAGGGGAAACUUCUUUGGGAUCUUUUGGAGAAAUAACUUCCCUAGCAGACAUUUUUCCCAAAUUCAGGACAUAAAAUCUUCAGGUCCAAAAGUAAAAUCAAUAAGACUUUUUGCAGACGAACAGAUCCUUUUAAUGGACUUUUAAAAUGCUCUCUAAAUGCUGUCUAAAGCAUUACCAACGCGUUUUCAAAUUCAUGGUACAUAUCAAGUUUCCAGUACUUUUUCUCUCUUCUCUUCUUGUCGUCAUCCUUUUUAUAUCUCCGUCAUGCUAUCUCUGAUCAGGCUGUCGCUCAUCUUUUUGAUUCUUUAUUCUCUAUUCUCCAUCUCUGUCGUCUAACUCCUCCUUUUUUCCUCUCAGAUGGAGUGUGAUGAGAAGGAGAUGCGUCGUGAGAUCAGUUAUGCCAUCAAGAACAUCCACGGUAUCAGGUAGGGGUUUAUCUAUCUUAGCUCUAAUUUCUUACCAGAAGAAUAUCUAUUCUGAUUUAUCAUUAUGAGCUCUUUUAUCUUUAAAAUUAAAGUUUUGGCGCAGCCUGUGUAAUUUUUGCAACCACAAACUGCAUGCAGAGAAACGUCUAUUCUUGUUGCUGGUAGAACUCAAAUACAGACAAAAGAUUUCACUGCAAAGAGAAACCACUCAUCACCAUUUUUUCCCCUCAUGGUCUCUUCCUUUUGUUGUAUUUCAGGACUGGGCUCUUCACCCCAGACAUGGCGUUUGAGGCCAUUGUGAAGAAACAGAUCAUAAAGCUGAAGGGGCCCUGUGUGAAGUGCGUGGACAUGGUCAUCCAGGAGCUGAUUAACGUCGUACGCCAGUGUUCUGACAAGGUAACUUUUGUGGUUUAGGGGGAUCUGGUCAUUUGAUAGGACAUUACUUUUAAAGAAGGAUGAUUAACGGACCAUCAACCAAAGACGGGCAAAAUUAAAUAGUCAUGUUUAAAGACGCUUCACAUUCUGCAUCUAUUUUGGUAUGGUGCUUUUAAUUCAGUGCAGAUGGGUACCAAUCCAAAAACACACUGUACUAAAGGUAUUCCACCUCAAAACAAACUGGGUCUUUGUGAUCAUUUUUGUGGUUACCUGCGAUCAUAUGUGUGCAGAGUGAGGAGGAGAGCAAGAGAUGUAGAACACUCUGGGAAUGAUACACAUCAAACCUCUGACUGGUUCAUAGAAAUCAAAACCAAAUAAGAUAAGUAGGUAACUCUGUCAGAGAGUCUUGAUACUGAAAUCACAGUGUGCCAGUCUGACAAUCAAAGCUGAGGUACAUUCAGGCAGCAGAGGAGCAGGAGGAAGAAGCUGCAGCUAAAACUAAAACAUAAGCAUAGUUAUUUUGAUUCAACAAAAGUUUGAUACAAAUAUUUACCUGUAAAUGGGAAAACGCAAAUGGAAAAUCUUCCCUCUUUGGUGUUUGGUGGGGGUCAAUUUCAGGCUUUGCAUUAUUUAUUUCAUUCUACUUUUUAUAUUUUUUCAUAUAUUUUAGUAUUUAAAAUAUUCUUAAAAGACAUCUAAGCAGGCAUGACAACCUGAACUGUUUAUGCUGCACUUUUAACAAUGUGUAAAAGUUUUUUAAGCUCAGAUACAGGAAAAGUGUUUGUAUCAAAAACGUGCUGUACAGUCCUUGUGUCAAUGUGAGUUUUGUUGUAUUAUUCCACUUACAUGUUUAUGUGAAAAAAAAGUCAAACGUUGUGUGAUGUCCUUUCAGCUGGAGUGUUACCCCAUGCUGCGAGAGGAAACUGAGAGGAUUGUGACUUCUCAUAUCAGAGACAGAGAGAACCGAGCCAAAGACCAGGUAAGUCUUAGUAGUUUGCAGUAAUGAACACACAGAUUUUUGACUUGAUUCCUUCCGUAUCUGUCAUUUUGUUGUAAUGCAAUUAAAACAUUCAUUCAAGUAGUUUAUGAUACCAGUAUAUGGACUAUAUUUCAUCUGUUACAUUUAAAGAAUGCUUUGUCUUUGUGAGUAAUAUUUUAGGAAGACAACCACAAAAAUCAUCUCUAUACACAAAGUAUAACAAUGGUUAGCUCAGCACAGAGACUUUAAGCAGGGAGCAUCGGUUAGCCUAGCUUUUUCUGAACUAACAAAAAACCCACUUAUUCCCACCUCUUAAUCUCAAAUAUGCACAUUAUACAUGCAAUCUGGUUAAUAAAAUGUAAGCAAGAGAAAAAAAGCCAUUUUGUGGUUUUAUGUUUAGGCAGAAAAGCAAACAAACUGGUGAAACUUUUUAUCACACAAGUCCAAGGUUUAGUUUUGAUCUUUAAUCAAACAAUCACUGAAAAAAAUUGGAUAUCAUAAAAGUCUUUACCAAAAUUGUCAGAGUUCUGUUUCCAUUGAAGCUAAAUUUGUCAUGUCUCAUGUGACAUGUUUUUUUAUCAUCUCAGGUUCUGCUGUUGAUAGAUAUCCAGCUCUCUUACAUCAACACCAACCAUGAAGAUUUCAUCGGCUUUGCUAAGUAUGGACUCCAUUUGUUAGCUUGGCUCCUACAUGAUGAAUUAUUUAUUUAUCAGACUGCAAACAAAUAUUUUGACAAAGUCUCUUUACCCUUGUCCACCUUUUAUUCCUCUUAAUCCUCCUGUCUUUCCUCAUCAUGUCUGUUUUGUUGUUUGUCCUCUGCAGUGCUCAGCAGAGAAGCAGUCAGACUAACAAGAGCCAGAGUUCAGCAGGUAAUCAGGUGAGCAUUUGUCACAUCUCAUUGGUCAUACACAAACACGGAGAGCACAAGGAGGCAGGUUGAUGGUACGAAUACACAGUGGCGGGAUGGUUGCUGCAGGGGGAAUACAGAGAGAGAUGAGAUACGUUAUUUGAGUAAACCUUGCUUUAUUUUAUCCCUUAUGAUUUUGAUACAUUUAACUUUUAUUAUUGUACAUUUAAGUUAUGCAUGCUGUAUUAUAUUUAGUUGGGCAUGAGCUGUCUUCUGUGGUUCAUUUGCUUCUUUGGUUUUACCUUGUUAAGAGAAUCGGUAACACUUUAUGUGACGCCUAUCUUUAUAGCUCAUUAUAAAUAUAUGUAUAAUGUGUUAUAAUCAUGUUAUAGCACUGUAUAACUAUAGUUAUAAACACUCAUAAAUGAUCAUAAUGCUUUAAAGCAAUAAUCAUGACACAUUAUAAAGCCUUUUAUCAUGACUUACAAGGUCAGGUAUUAUAAUGUGUUAUAACAGUUAACAACAGUUGCAUAGCAUUAUAUAUGUGGCCAUUGUGAGUGAGUUGUUAACAGUUAUAACACAUUAUAAUACCAUAAUAAAAUGCUUUUUUAAUGUGUUAUAAUUAUUGCUUUAAAGGAAUAUGAUCAUUUAUUAGUGUUUAGAACUAUAGUUAUACAGUGCUAUAACAUGAUUAUAACAAAUAUAUUUCUAGUGCGUUACAGAGAUUGGCAUCAAAUAAAGUGUUACAAGAGAACCUGAUUGGGUUCUGUUACUUGUUGCCACCUUCAUCACUGGUUUUGUUGUUGAGACGUUUCCCUUUGUUUGAACCCUUCCCGUGUCAUCAAGGUGCCACUUUGCAUUUCAUCCCCAUCCCUUAGUGAGAAUCUCAGCUGCCCUCUUAUGGGUGUGUAAGGGUGAGUAUCGCUCAUUGUGGGUUAUGGUGUGCUCUAUCAUUUGUGCCUGCAGUAACACUUCUGCCCAUUGUGUGGUGCUCUCCUGCACCGCAGCUUAACAACCUAUCAGUGUCUCAUUUUCCACUCUGACAGGUCAUGAAUGGCAAAUUGGUUGUGUGAGCUAAUGUUGGGCAGAGGCUUUUCUUUAAGACAAGCUGCACUGGAAAAAGCUGCCUUUUUUUUUUUUUUUUUUUUAGUGCCACAGAGUUUCUAAAUCCCCCACAUUCCUUCCUGUUGCAGGCCUCCUCUCCUCCCGCAUCAGGCUUGAUUGUAAGAUAUUACUGUCUAACCAUUUGUUCUCUAACACCUCCUCCACCUACAAGAGUCUGCAGACUACAAGGGGUUGCCAACCAGACAAAUAAAAACAUCUUGAACUCUAAAACUUGCAGAAAUAAGAUUUUUCUUAUAGUGUUUGAGCCUCUGACAGAAAAGCUUUGUAAUGGUGUGGGUAACCUCCUUAGUGAGUCUUAGGCCAUGCAAGACUGACAGUAAUCUAAACUAAUGAUCACUCGGCACUUUGCCCACGGGCUUGUUUAUGUAGGGCCUUUGGGGUUAAUACACUUAACACAGCAGACACACACAUGCUCUAUUGUGUGCUUGAAGCACUUUAACACAGUGGUAACUGAACUUCUAACCAGAGCGUCUGCGUUGUGUGAUCACAGCUUCCUGCAUGAGACUGCACUGACACUCAGUCACACGCUCAGCUCUGAGUGAGUCACGGUGACACACCUAACCUGACCCUCGCACAAACGUGUCAUCACAGUUCAAGCAUCAGCCAUGACGUGUUGUUUUAUCAGUUGAUGAUGAUGGUUACAGACCUCCUCCUAGCUUCUUGAUUUAUUUCUUAUCUUGGGUGUUUUUCUUUUGUAAAUAUAGAAGCUGUUGCUGACUUUUUAUCCCCCACCCUUUUUGUCAGGUCAUUCGUAAAGGCUGGCUGACCAUCAACAACAUCAGCAUCAUGAAGGGAGGAGCCAAAGAGUACUGGUUUGUGCUGACUGCUGAGAGCCUCUCCUGGUUUAAGGAUGACGAGGUGAGUAUGAAGCACAUGUCAUGUCAUUUUUACACUGUAUCUAAGUGCCUUCAAUUUUUUUGUUUUGUUUCAGAACUUUCUCUCAGCCUAACAUUUUUAACAGCACUGAUUUUGGAUGAGAAUCAAAAAUGGCACCUGUUUGGCACCAAACUACAGACAGUGAGAUUCUUGAUAUUAGCAGAUAUCAUUACAGAUCAAAGAUGCAGAUUUUCCUUAAAGUGUGAGGUAGUUUUUAGGGGUGGGAGAAAAAAUCAACUCACAUAAGUAUCGUGAUUUUUUGUUUUACAAUUUUUAUAUCAAUUUUAUGUUCAAAAAUUUUUUUUUUCAAAUUUAUGAAGAAAUCCUAAAAACGGACUUACAUGUGAUGUGUAUUUUUGGGGGGAUUAUGGUACCUGGAAUAGUCAGUAGACAAUCAUAAUCAUUCAACUGUCUCACUGGUGUUAAAAAUACAGACUAAAAAAUCGAGAAAAUUGACAAUAUUGUACAAUCGCAUUUAAAUCGAAUUGGCAUCCAAAAAAUCGUAGAAGAAUCAAAUCGGAAGAAAAGCAUAUCAUCCCAGCCCUAAUAGUUUGUAUUUUUCCCACCUUUUAAGUUCAUAUGAAAAACCCUGAUUUUAAGAUUCAGUAAGGCCAGUUAGAAACACACACAGCUCAGAUGUCUUCCAGGUGGAAAGAAAACAUCCCUCUUUAUCUUCUCUUUAUACAUUUAACUUAUUUUUUUAUCUGUAUGCCAAAUCAGAAAUAUGCGAGUAAUCUCAGACUGAUGGAUGGCCAUCGAAUGUGCAGAAAGAAAGCAGGUUUUGACUUUAUACAUACCAGUGGUAGAUAAAUGACUCAGAUCUCUUGGAGGUUCUUAAAGGAGAACUUUAUUAUUCUUUGACAUCAAUAAUAUGCAAUAAGAACAGCAAAUGUUAGAGGACAGCUCUCCAUUCCUCAGCUCGGCUUUGUUUGAGUGAAGUGCGGUUUCUGGUCCAUGGUGCUGGCAGGUUUGGUGGGCUGAUGUCUAUCUGCCUGUCUGUGCCUGCUGUACAGGUUGGAGGAUAUUCUGCACAGCAAGUGUAGAUAGGCAGACACACUGCAACUCCUACAGCCAGUCAGUGCUGUCACUGCUUUGUUGUUUGUUUAUUGCACAUUGUUUAGUCUCCUUGUCAGGGUUCAGUUUCAAGAGAAACGCUGACACUGACUUCUCUCUGACCUUGACUGUAAAAUGUAUUUUUAUACAUGGUUCCUCUACUUUUUUUAGUUUAUAAAAAAAUGAGUUAACCUCCACGCAGGGUCUUUUAAUAUUUGAUGAGUUUGACAUUCAUCUCUCAUUUUUAUCUCUGACUAACCCUGCUUCACUCCCCACCUCUUUUACCCGGAAAUCAAAGCAUUUCACUCGUCUUUUUCACAAAACUUGGAACUUUCCCAAUUCCCUCCAAAUUUUUACUCACAGACAUCCAAAAUACACCAAAGCAGCACACUCAGGCCCCAGACAGCAUAUAGGCUGCACAGCGCCCAGUCUACGGGCUGUCAUUUGAUAUGUCAGUGUGGUAAUAUGGGAAAUUAUAGACUCCGCUGGAUCGCCUUGUGUAUUUCUGUUUUUACACUCCCUGAACUUUCUAUAGUCACAGAUGUGCACACGCUCGUGCACACGCGUACGCACAUGCACACACCCUCCUCCCUCAGUUGGUGUGGUUGGCAAGUAACUUUGGAACUGCUCACAUACUUGGCAGGAAAAACACAAGUUUUUAAUCCAAACAUCAGCCUCUAAUGUUUCAGCAGAGAGAGAAACCCCUCAGGAAAGUAUCCGUACCCACAAACCUCCUACAAUACAUACUAUUCUGCAGGCUACUCUGUAAAGUUGCAUUUCCUCUCUUCACACUUUUCAUAUUUUUAGCACAAACUUGUAACACAAAAGCUUUGUAUGGUUUCAUUCUUUAUGCACCAGCUAUAAAAAAACACAUUUUGCCGUUAUUUGACACCACAGCGAUCUAAUAUACACUAGUGUCUUUUGCUCUGAAGUCUUCCAAGUCCAUUUUGGCCACCCACUGAAAUAACUUCACUGGAGGUGUCUGUCUGUAUUUUCAAACUACACUUGAUUGAUUGGCCCUCGUUCCUCCGGCCUGUGCUAGAUGCUUUGCAGCCACACUCGCUCCUCCCCCCUUCCAGUGGACCACAUCCUCAUCAGAGCACCAGGCGAGCAGCCUGCACACUUACUCAUUCAUGCUAUAAAUUAUGUGAGCUCGCUCUCCUUUGACGUUUGGCUUUUAAACUCCUAUCAUUCUGACUGAAGUUUGGAUGUCUUCACGCCUCUGUUUUUCACAGCAAAGUUGUCAGUGUGCAGUUAGUGUUGAAAAUUGGUGAUGUAUGUUUAUUCCAAAAAAGAAAUGAAAAGGAAGUGGUGAGUGUUAGGAUGCACUUAGGACAAAAUACAGAUGAUUAUAGAUCACAUUCAGAUGGUAAUUAGAUUAAAAAUAAAGCAAAGGGUGAGGAGGGAGAUGCAACAAAAAAAACACAUCUUGGAGACUUGAAAUUGCAACAGAGAGACAGAGAGAGCGACACAGAAAGACAGACUGACAGAAGAGGGUCCAUGCCCAGUCUAACCAAUGUGCAGACUACUGUACACCAGUAUGACAAUGAACAGGUAGUCUGAACACUGGGUGGACGGAGCCGGAGUUAAGAGCCAGGCCUUGUGUGCUGUUUUCUGCCCCUCCAGAUGCUCGCGGCUCUGUCGUCUGUGCCCUCCCUUCGCCCCUCUCCAUUUUGGCAGCAAGGAUCCCGUCUAACGAAAAAACCCCUUUCGAAACUGCGUCUUUGGCUUCCUUCGGUCUUCGCCGCCUUCCCCAGCUUUCGUUGUGCACAUCUCGCGGCCUGUUUAUUUGUUUUGGUGAAGACGUCUGAGCUCUGGGUCCCCUCGCGGUCCGUUUCGGUCACGCCGGCCAUGAAGAGUAUCCAGCCUUGACGUGGCAUAUUCGCUCAGACGACUGGGACAGACUGGCUGCACGUUCAGGGAGGGGAUAUCACAAAAAAGAGGGAAAGAGGGAGACGGAGGGGGGAGAGAGGGAGUGAGAAAGGGAGAGGAAGAGAGAGGAAGAGGGAGGGGACCCGUGUGACCAUAUAUGGGCCGCAUUGACCCCUUGGGGAAUACACCGCAGAAAGUCUGCAGAGUUUUCUUGUCCUCUCUUUCCUCCCUCCCUCCUCAUCCUCUUUAAUUCUUACCUGCGACCAUCUACCAACACUUUCCGCACCUUCUCCCCAGAUGUGGGCUUUAUUCGGCAAAUCUUUUGCAAAUCCACUUUUGCGCUGCUUCUUCUCGGUCUCUCCUCCUCCUCCUCCUCCUCCCUUCACCCGCCGCCUCUCUUUAACUUCUCCCUCCUUCUCCUGCUUCUCUGUGUGCUGCUAAGCACUACCAGAUGUUGAGUUUUAACGCCAGGCUGUCAUUUAAUCUCUCUCCCUCUCACUCUCUCUCCCUCCUUCUUCAAAAAAAUCAGGCAGGAAGUGGGCCCCUCUGGAAUGGAAAGAAAAAAUAUUGAAAAAAUAUCGAGGGGGAGGGAUAAAAGAAAAAAGACAGAAAGUUAAGAAAGAUGGAGGCGAGGAUGGAGAGUUAAAAUGAGGAGCAGAGAUUCCUCCGCCUAAAUAUCAAUAACAGAUCUUUGUGUGCACAGCUUUAAUGAGUGUCCACCCCUGGAGAUAAACUUUGUGUUUUUGUUAGCGCUCUCUUACGGGUCCACAGAUUGACGUCUUUUUGACCAUAGCCGCAGUUUCCUCAGCCUUUAGCUACCAGCUCUCUACGGCAAAAACGCACCGUGAAGAACGACUGUGUCUUGACCCACACUAUAAUGACUUCCACAUGUGUUCUCCUUCUCUCCUUUUCUUUCUCUGACUCUGACUCUGACUCCCCCUUCUCCACCCCCCACUCUACCUCCCACUCUCAUUUCUCCCCCAUUCCAUCUCCCUCCUGUCACCCCCUUUCUCUUAACUCACCCCCCCUCUCUGUUUCUUCUUCAAAAAAUCCUGAUUUCACCUUUCUGCCGCGGACGUAAUCUUGAGCAAACGUUUGUCCCAAAUUAAUAUAACAAAAGGAGCAAAUUGCAUUAGUCACGACUGAGCUCUUGAUCCUUCUGUUUUCCUCGUUCACAGGAGAAGGAGAAGAAGUACAUGCUCCCUCUGGACAACCUGAAGGUCCGUGAUGUGGAGAAGAGUUUCAUGUCCAGCAAGCACAUAUUCUGUAUUUUCAACACUGAGUCAAGGUCAGUGGGGACAUACUGAAAUUUAUAUUUCUACUUCUUUUUCUGACAACUCCAAAAAAAAAAAAAAAAGUGGUUAUAAAGCCACCACAUGCAGGAGAUUUAGUUAGAGAGUUCAAGGCCCCAUGUGUUCUGCUGCAGUGGCUGAAGUAUGUUUUGGAUUAUGUGUUUAGUACAGUAUGUAUGCGUGUAUGUAUGAAUGCCUGCAUGAUGGCACAGUGGAACUAUUUCCAAUAGAUCUUCAGCUCUGUUUCAAAAGUUAGCCAAUUAUUUGAUAUGGAGUUAAGACAGAAAGAGGUUGUACCAGCAUGCAACAUUUAAAAUACUUCACAAUUCCCAUUAAGAUUAGAAGAUAAGUAGAGGUUAUUUUUUUAAUUCCUGGAUGGUUAUGGCAUUAUCCUGGCAGUCCUGUAUCUUCCUACAGGACUGUGGCCUCUGUACAAAGCUGUCGUUCUUUUUAAAAUGUGAAGCUGUUUUUUAGCUGAAUUUUAAUAGUGUGAUCAUUUGCUUCAGAAGUCUUGGCUGAAACCUGGAAAAUGGAUAAAAAGAGAAAAUAUUUCAUGUGGAAGGCAGCACAUAACCUAAUAACACUGCCAGAUGUCACAGCUGAUAUCUUUGUUGGAAGUUUUUGCAACCUUAAAGGAGCAUUGCCCCAUUUUUGUCCAGUGUUUGAUCAUUUAUACAUUACUGAGCUCAAAUCUAAGCUAUUACCCCUGCUUCCCUCUAGUAUUUAGCUUGCUCUAAUACAUGGUGGUGUAGAAUAUCUACCCUGUGGCAGCCUGCAUGAAUGCUGAUCCUCUUGUGUCUUGGUGUGUAGGAAUGUGUACAAGGAUAAUCGCACCCUGGAGUUGGCCUGUGACUCUCAGGACGAUGUGGACAGCUGGAAAUCGUCUCUCCUGCGUGCGGGGGUCUAUCCUGAGAAGACCGCUACGGUCAGCAAACCUAUUUAUUCUGCAUUCAGUCGGCCCUUAAUUCUCUCUUCAAUGGCACUAACAAAGCUUUGAUUACUCCUGUUUCCCAUUUGUUGUAAAUACUUUAAUUAUUUCAUCACAUAGUCAAAGAAAUCAUGUCUUUUUCUUGCAGUUAAGUUUGUAAAAUAAAAGGUGCAGUGUGAAGGAUUUACCAACAUUGAGCAGAGCAGACUUAGUAGAAAUGGAGUAAAACUUUUUUAAAUACACUUAAAUCAGGGAGGUAGUCUUUUUUUCUCAACUCUACAAAGCAGCAGGCUCUUUUCCAUGGAAGCUGCCAUCUUGCACCGCCAUGUUUCUACCGUAGCACACACUAGACAAACUCUAUACCAUACUUGUUUUUGUGUUACGAGUGGGCGUGUGAGGUGAACAAGAGGAAGAAAGUGUUGUUUAACAAUUUGUGUUGAUAGGUGUUUUUGAUAAUGACAACAAAGUGGGGAUUGUACUUAUCAUAUGUCACAGGAUCUUCAUGCUCUCAAAAGCUACAUCAGGCAGGAGGGGAGCAGUUCAAUCUUGAAUAUGACCGCUAGAUAUGGCUUCAUAUUCCUGUUUCUACAUGCUGUACUCUUAUUUUAUUCAAUUUUUUUUUCCAGGAAAUAAUGGAAACUGGAAAUAUUUUGUUUUUGUUUUUAACAUUUCUAAAUGUAGAAGUGCUGUUGUUACAGGAAAGCCCCUUCUAUUUUAAACUUGAUUCAGACAACUCUCUGAUAUUUUUGAUUUUUAGAAAAGUAGAAAAGUUUAUUAUAGUUCUUUAAAAAGUUUGUUUCUGGUUUCCCCCUUUAGGUUGAGAGUGAAACCACAACCGCCUCAGAUAACUUCUCCAUGGACCCUCAGUUGGAGCGUAAAGUGGAAACUAUCCGUAACCUGGUGGACUCCUACAUGGCUAUUGUGAACAAGUGCAUCAGGGACCUCAUGCCUAAGACCAUCAUGCACCUCAUGAUCAUCAAUGUAAGAAAAACACUUACAUAUUCAUGACAUGGCCAUGACAUCAGCUGUGGGAUAAUAAGCUUUUUCCCACUUAUGGCAAUGAAAACAAAAACACUUUUUUAAAACAUGUUUAUAAUUGUCUAUCUCCUUCCUGCACUUCCUUUUCCGGCCUCUAGGUGAAGGACUUUAUCAACGCAGAGUUGCUGGCUCAGCUGUACUCUACAGGUGACCAGAACACCCUGAUGGAUGAAUCCCAAGAGCAGGCCCAGAGGAGGGACGAGGUGCUAAGGACCCACCAGGCCCUGAAGGAGGCUCUGAGCAUCAUCGGGGACAUCUCCACCUCCACCUACACCACCCCUAUGCCCCCACCUGUUGACAGCUCCUGGGUGGGAGGAUCCAGUGGUAGUCGCAGGUACAGUUUUGGGAAUCAAACUGAACAUGUAUACAUAAACUGUCGCCAUUAACAAUUAUCUCACAAUCUAGGCUGUAUGUUUCCUGUCUCAAGGUCUCCUCCACCCAGCCCCACUGCCCCCAGGAGGAUGUCAUCAGGACAACGCCCUGCCCCCCGAGGAGCUCCACCACCUCCAAAUCGACCAGGACCCCUGGGGCCCUUUAAUAACAGUGCUGAGAGUCCUCAGGCCCCCAGCCGUCCUAACAGGGCUCCUCCCAGCAUCCCCAGGUAAAUACAACCCUCACAAAUUGAAACUGUUAGGUUCAUUAUUAGUCAUAUCUUACUUAUACCUUAUGUAGUAUUAUUUAAUAACACAUCAGUAUUCAUUAAAAACAGAUAUGCACUGUGAAUAAUUUAUUACAUUAAGUUAAUAGUAUUUGUCAGUUUUGAAACAAAGCCUGCUGUAAUCAAACCUCAGGUACUUUUAUUAGCUCUUACAAACACCAUUAAAUCAAGGGAUAACUAACACUAAAUGAGCCAAAUUUCAACAGCAAGGCAGGAGAACAUAAUAUAACACAAUAUCAAUAUGUGGUGUGUUUCAGUGUUGGCCAUAUUAAUCGUAAAAAUGACACAAGAGGGGUGUAUUUUUAUAAGAAUGACAUCAAUUUGAGUAGUUUGUGAGUGCCGUUAUCUUCUCAUUAGAAAACAUGGUUAUCCAUCACAAGUGACAAAUGGGGACAGUUUACACUGUCUGACUUUGACUUGAUAUUUUUGAGGGAAAAAAAAUGAUUUUGAUGGAUCAGACUCAUAUUUGUACAGUAAAUAUAAAAAGCCACAGUGACCAGACAGUCUGCUUAGCAGGAUAGAGGAGCUGUCUGAAGGCAACAACAGCAGAACCUAAGCUAAAAAAAUUCACACUUAAAACAUAGUGCUUUUUGUCAGUACCAAAGACCAAGUGAAAAAUGUCACUUUAGGUUGUUUUGUGAUACACUUGAGAGCUGUUUCCUUCUCUCAUCAUUAUGCAAACCAAAGCCAACUAGCUGCUCACGACAACUUAAUAUUUAGCAUACAGAUGUGUUGGUUUUAUCACUUCUUUAACUCUCAGCAAGAGCGCAAACAAGUUGUAUUCUCUCAUAAUGAAUUAUUCCUUGAAAUACUUCUGAUAUCAAGUUGUACUUUUAGCUAGUAUAAGCUAAUUUAUGCUUGUUUAUUUUAAUGUGUAUGAGCAUUAUUUGAAACAUAAAUAACUGAAUGAUCUCAGUGAAACUAAAGACUAAUCCUUUUCUUUCUCAUUAUUUCUUGUCUUUUUUUUACACCAUUACCCCCCCCUUUUUCCCCUCCUUUUCUCUUUUUUAAAUCUAUUGUCUCUACCCAAGCCGGCGACCCCCUCCAUCUCCCACAAGACAAGCUCCACCAUAAACAUCUGAGGGGGUUCCUCCACACUCUUAUCUCCCUCUCUCUUCCUCACCCGCUCCUCCCCUCCUCUCUUAGCCAUGGCUCUGCUGUCCUGGUCUCUCCUUUAAUGCAGACGCUGAAGUCUUUGACCUUUGACCCUUGAUUUCCUGCCAGGUGACGAUGUCCAUAUAUCUAUGUACAGUAUGGUACUUGUCUUGUGGUGUAUGUGUACGUGCGCUUGUUGCUCGCCUGUGGUCCAGGUUUGCUUCGCAGAUCCACUAUCCCAGUAUCCUUCCCUGGAACCCAUAAACCUCCAUCUCACACACCUACAGACACACACACACACACAUAGACACAGACUCAGACACACACAAACACACCCUCCACAAAGUCAUCCACCAUCCUCUCUUGCUGCUUCUACAUAAAAAAAGCUCUGCAGUCGUACUGCCCUACUCAUUCCAAAACGCAGCAUGGCACAUGAGCUGCUUUUAUUGCAUGGGAGUGUGCAUAUGUAGAGUGUGUGUACGUGUGUUUAGUGCGCGUGUAAAUGGGGGCAGGACUAAUUUGCCUAUAUGUAGGCUGAGUUUAUUUAGUAUUGUAUUUAUUUAUUGUACACCAGCCCCUCAUCAGUGUUAAUUAUCAGCUUGAUGUUCUCUUAGGAACAGAAGUUGUCUCUUAGUAUGUGUGUUAUGUGUGUGGGAAUAAUUAGUAUGUGUGUGUAUGUGUAUGUAUGUGUGUGUGCGUGUGUCUGUAAGAGUGUGUGAGGACACGUGUGCAUGUGUUGUCUGUCUGCACGUUUGUUGGCGUUUCAGUUGUGUUUGUUUUUAUGGUCAAAGCUGUUAAAGAUGAAUCCUAAAGCCCUCGGGGGUACAUUUAAUGUUGGACUUUUGUGCGUUGUUGUGUUGUUGUAGCAGCCGUACACACACAUAGCAAGGCUGAGGAGCACCUCCAGUAUUAUCUCUAUGGAAACAGCAUCAAUAACACAUUUAACCUUGUCAUAGGUGUCCACCUGUGCUGUACCAAUGGUCAAGUUGUGACCGUCCAAGCCUUCUGCUCUGAUUCAGACGCUGACUGCUGAGAUUGAAGAAAUACUCCAUGAUAAAUUUCCUUUAAUAAACAGUGAAAAUGCAUCCAUGUUUGUAGUCUUUUUGUCAUAUUUGACACUCCAUGCACAUCCAACCUGGCACCCUUACUCUUUCCACAACCUCUCCAUUUCUUUCAGUCGCUCUUUUCUCACAGGUUAAUACAGUUCGAACUGUCAGCGUCUGCACCGGAGCUUGAGGUGCUGUUGUUAAUGUUAAAGUGCUUCUCUGUCUGUUUGUUAUUGUGUAUGUGGGCCUAUAAUGUGUUCUGAUGUAUAUAGGUAAUGAUAAGGAGAUACUAUACCUGUGGACUAUAAAGACCUCAUCAAGGAUCCUAGCGCUUUAAUCGUUCUCUGUGGCUCUAAAUGCUCUCUUCUAUCUGAUUUAGACUGCCUUACUGGCAUGAAUUACAACUCCGUCUUGCCAAAGCUAAAUAUAGAAAGAGAAUCGCAAAGUUACAAAAACAGAAAAAUCUGCUGAAGACCAACGACUAAAGUGUUCCAGUUGUAGUGAGAUGGUGAUGUUAAGCAGAGGGCAUAAUGUUAAGCUGGGGAUUGCAUCAGUCGUUAUUUUCUGUGUCUCUGUAUCGCUCCUCAAUAAAAUUCUUCCUCUUAAUGUCUCUCUUUGUCAACAGUCUUCACUGUUUGUGUCUCUGGAUUUUUAAUAGUAUUAAAUCUCUCAUUUACAUGAAUAAUUUUACAACUUGCCUGCUUGAUCACCGAUAUUCACAAAAUUUUAAUCACUGGAGGGCAAAAGUCCCCAAACCCAAGGCUCAAUUUAUCUCAAAAUUCUGUGCAGGACUAUUUUAAAAACUGCAGCAAAACUGUUCAACACUGCAGCCAUAUGUGGUUUCACUCCCAUGUUCUACAGCUGUUUACUUUUUGAACAAUUCGAACUUGAAUCCAGACAUAUUAGCAAGCCUUUGUACUCUAUAUUAUAUUUUUAUUCAGUAUUAUAAAUCUUUUUUAACCUAAUAUAUAAUAAAUAACACUGGUGGCUCAUUUUCUUCAUUCUGAAGCAGCCUGACAUGACCAGACAGACAGCAUGCAGUAAAAAAACUAAGCUGACAGAUGAUCACAUAAACAGAAACACUGGUUUUAUUUGUUUUCUAAAUAAUUUAUGUUUGCUUUUUCACCUGUCUCAAAAAUAUGUUAAACAUUCUUGUCAUAGUGGGGUUUGAAAUGGCCUAUUUUACCCACAAGCAAAAUUCUCCAUUGCACCUUAAAAAAAUCAUAAUUUCCCCA